AUUUCACAUAUAGUUAUUAGUCCAAUAUAGGGACUUUAUUCGUAUACUGACAUCUAUAUUAAAUGAAUGGAAAUAAACAAAUCAAAUUGCGUGAUAUACGAUACAUGAUACAAUAAAUCAUUUCAGUUGAUCUAUAGUGAUAAAAAAAUGUUGAUAAAAAAUUAAAAAAUAAUAAAAAUGGCAGAAUUAGUAGCAAAUUUAAAAGUGGUGAAAGAUAAAAUUAUUGUUGCUUCUGCUAAAAGAUCACUAGAAUAUAAAUAUUUUGAACCACGUUUGGUAGCUGUGAGUAAAUUAAAACCGGUUGAAUUAAUUGUCGAUGCUUAUAAUGCUGGACAAAGACAUUUUGGAGAAAAUUAUGUUAAUGAAUUAUUAGAAAAAGGAAAUGAUCCAAUUAUUUUGGAUACAUGUAAAAAUAUACAUUGGCAUUUUAUUGGCCAUCUUCAACGUAAUAAAGUAAAUAAAUUAUUAAGUGUUCCCAAUUUAUAUGUAAUUGAAACAAUAGAUAAUGAAAAACUUGCAUCAGCAGUAAAUACUUCUUGGAUUAAUUAUAGGAAGGAUGAAAAUUUAAAAUUAAAAGUGAUGGUACAGGUUAAUACUAGUAAAGAGCAAGAAAAGAAUGGUUGUGAAAUUACAAAUGUUUGUUCUCUUGUUCAGCAUAUUAUUGUUAAUUGUAAGAAUUUAGAAUUUAUAGGUCUUAUGACAAUAGGCAUGUUUGGAUAUGAUUACAGUAAAGAACCAAAUCCUGAUUUCUUAUGUUUGAAAGAAUGCAGAGAAAAUGUUUCAAAACAAUUAGAUAUUGAUUUAAAACGAAUUGAAUUAUCAAUGGGAAUGUCAAAUGAUUAUGAACAUGCGGUUGAAUUAGGAAGUACCAAUGUUAGAGUUGGUACUGCCAUAUUUGGAGAAAGACCAAAAAAGAAUAUUUAAUGAAAUAUAUUUUCAUUGUAUGUUACAAUGAGAUGCAAAAAUAUACAUAAAGUAUGUUUUAAAUCAAUAAAAAGCUUUCUAUAUUGAUAAAGAAUGAGGAAAGACAAAUAUGUACUGCUAUAUUCAUCUAGUUUCCAACCAUGAAACUGCGUAAUCGCUCAUACGAUUUGUAUAUUUAUUUGUCAGGAAAUUAUCAAGAAAUCAAAAUUCUUAUCUUAAAAUUGACAAAAAAAAAAA